AUUUACAUUGUACUGUAUUUAGUAAGACUAUUUCGAAAUACCGCUCUCGAACUUAAAUAUGUUUUGACCAUUAAAGUCAAAUACGCCGCUCAUAUAUCUCCCUUAAACGUUAUAAAAACCCCAACAAAAUCCUAAAAUACCCCUAUUUUUUCUUCCUUUUUCUCUCUCCUCACUCCUCUAAAUUCUCAGAGCAGCUGUAGUAGAGUGACGAAAAUGGCGUCGGAUCUAACAAAUUCCGAUGAUCCGAUGAUACAUCGGAAGUCACCUAGGUUGUCUGUUGAAGGAGGAGGAAAGAGAGAUGCUAAAUUGACUGAUUGUCCUGCUUCCGGUGACAAACAGACCAAUAAGAUAAAGAAGAAAAGGGGUAAUUCUGCCUGUGUUUCUUUCUUGAUCGGUGACCCAAUUCCCGAUAAGGAAGCUCGCCGCCGGUGGCCGUAUAGGUAUACGAAUAAGCGCCAAAGAAAUAAUAAUCGAGGGAACUCGAUUUCAGUUGAUGAUGAUGAUGAAGAUGAGUUGAUUUUGGAUGUAAAAUGUCACUAUUCGCAAGCUGAAGUUGCGAAUUGUAUUUUUGAAAUUGGAGAUUGUACAUAUGUAAAAGGUGAAAAACGGAAGAAAAAUUUUAUUGGCAGGAUUGUAGAAUUCUUCAAAACCGUGGAUGAUGAAGAUUAUUUUCGAGUUCAAUGGUUUUAUAGGGCUGAAGAUACGGUUAUAGAUGAUGAGGCAAAGCCUCAUGAUGAAAAGCGGUUGUUCCUUUCGGAUCUUAUGAAUGACAACCCAUUAGAUUGCAUUGUUUCAAAAGUCAAGAUCAUACAAGUACCACCAAGUGUGGACUUGAAAACAAAAUCCCUUUCUGCCUUUGACUUCUAUUAUGACAUGAAAUACUGUGUGGACUAUACCACUUUUUCUACAGUUGUUGAUGAGGAACCUGGCCUUUCAUCAGGUGAUAACAUGAAGAAGAUCCAAGCAAAUGGACUCAAGCCUAAUUUCUGGAACUUUUCUGCCCAUAAGCCAAAUAAGUCUGACAUGGCAUUGUUAGAUUUGUACUCUGGUUGUGGAGGAAUGUCAAUGGGACUAUGCCUAGGGGCUAAACUUGCUGGAAUUAAUCUUAAAACAAGAUGGUCUCUUGACAUCAAUAAAUCAGCCUGUGAAAGCUUGAGGUUAAAUCAUCCCCAAGUACAAAUAAGAAAUGAGCCAGCUGAGGAAUUUCUUGGCUUAUUGAAAGAGUGGGAUAAACUCUGUAAACUUUAUGUUGGUAACUCUAGAAACAAGAGUAUGUCCUCUCCUAGAGUUCAAAGCCAGUUGCAGUCUCCGAAAAGUGAUAAUUUGAGGAGCAAAAAUAAAAAAUCAUCUGAUGAGUAUGAGGUUGCUUGCCUUACUGAUAUCUGCUAUGGUGAUCCCAACGAAAGUGGCAAACCUGGACUUCAUUUUGAGGUGCGUUGGGCUGGUUAUGGCCCGAGUGAGAGCACAUGGGAGCCAAUUGAGGGACUAAGUAACUGCCAGGAGCGAAUACAAGAAUUUGUUCAGAAAGGUCAUAAACUUGGGAUUUUGCCUCGGCCGGGAGAUGUCGAUGUAAUUUGUGGAGGUCCUCCAUGCCAAGGAAUUAGUGGGUAUAACCGUCACAGAAAUGUUGAUAACCCUUUAGAUGAUGAUAGAAAUCGCCAAAUUGUGGUGUUUAUGGAUAUUGUAGAGUUUCUCAAGCCAACCUACACAUUGAUGGAAAAUGUGGCCGACAUUCUGAGGCUUGCCAAUGGUCAGCUUGGAAAAUAUGCAAUUAGCCGAUUGGUUCAGUUGAAGUAUCAAGCAAGUCUAGGAAUUAUGGCUGCUGGUUGCUAUGGCCUUCCGCAAUUCCGCCUACGUGUUUUCCUAUGGGGAGCUCAUCCUAAUGAGAGAUUACCGCAAUUUCCUCUUCCUACACAUGAUGUGGUGGUGAGAUAUGGUGCGCCAUGUAAAUUUGAGCGCAAUGUUGUUGCAUAUGAUGAGGAUCAGUCUCCUAACCUUGAGACAGCUCUUAAACUGGGAGAUGCUAUUUCUGAUCUUCCGCCGGUGACAAACAAUGAAGUUCGAGUAGAGAUGUCAUAUCGAAAACCUCCAGAAACGGAGUUUCAAAAGUAUAUUAGAUCAAGUGAAUGUGAUAUGCUCAGUACUCCUGGUGCCACAGCACGGAAAAAACCUGUGCUUUAUGAUCACCGACCACUUGAAUUAAACGAAGAUGAUUACUUGCGAGUUUCUAGAAUCCCUUUGAAAAAGGGAGCAAACUUUCGAGACCUACCAGGUUUAAUUGUUGGAAGAGACAAUGUUGUUCGUAGAGAUCCAGAAUCAGAUAUAAGAUUACCAUCUGGAAAACAACUGGUUCCUGAUUAUGCAGUAAACUUUUGUAGUGGAAAAUCACUGAGACCAUUUGGUCGACUUUGGUGGGAUGAGACAGUGCCCACAGUAUUGACGAAACCUGAUCCUCACAGUCAGGUCAUUUUGCAUCCAGAGCAAGACAGAGUUCUCACUAUUCGCGAGUGUGCAAGGUUACAAGGUUUCCCAGAUUUUUACAGAUUUUAUGGGAGUGUGAAAGAUAGAUACUGUCAAGUUGGAAAUGCUGUUUCAGUUUCAGUUGCCAAAGCUCUAGGGUAUGGUCUGGGCAUGGCGGCACAAAAGCUGACUGGGAAUGGUCCUCUCAUGACUCUCCCACCCAAGUUUGCACACACCACAAUAGCUGAACAUUUGAAGUCGUCAAUCAAAGAAGUGACUGAAUAAUUUUCAUUUCAAUAUCUGACAUUGCUAAUGUACUGUAGAAUUAUGAACUGUAUGAUUUAAGUGAUUAUUUUCUGAUUUGACUUUGUAAUCUGCUGUAAUUUCCUUUCUUGAGCCUUCUGUGUAGUUCUGAAGUUUCUUCAGUGGUAACACACAAGAGUCGGGGAACCUGUGAUAAGUAGAUUGACAAUUUGUACAUUGUUUUCAAGUUUGGCAGUUUACUAAUAAUAAUGUGCUCUAUUUUCUUGGUGCUUAAA